AUGGGACGUACAAAAGUAAAGAAAAAGGCCAAGUCAAAGGCGGUCGACCCACCGCCUCAAGACUUUCCCCAGAAAGGACCCUCCAUAUCUUCCCUUCUCGAAAAAGCACAAAGCUUUGUCAACCAAUGCGACUACGAUCUUGCUCGACGGUUUAUCCUUCGAAUAUUGGAGACCGAGCCAUCGAAUAUAGAAGCACAGGAAAUGCUAGGCGUAAUAGAACUUGAAAGAGGCGAUAUAGAUGCUGCGAAAAGGAUCUUCACAGCUAUAAUAUCAGCUAGACAAGACUCUACUGUACCUCCGCCGCCAUCUGCACACCUUUGCUUGGCCCAGCUAUGCGAAGAUGAGCCCAGAUUGGCUCUACAGCACUAUCAAGUAGCUAUUGACAUGCUCAUGGCCCAACUAAAAGGCAAGGUCAAGGCAACCGGCGAUGAUCUGGAUAACGAGGCCCAAGUCAAGUCAAGUAUCGUUCGUGCUUUGAUUGGCCAGGUUGAGAUAUGGAUGGAUCCUUCAUAUGAUCUGUGUUUUGAAGACGAUGCAGAGAAGAACUGUGAGAACCUUUUAACAACCGCGCUGCAGACGGAUCCCGGAAAUUCAGAAGCUCUUCAGUCUCUUGCCUCUGUGCGUAUGUCGCAGCAGCGCCCAGAAGAGGCUAAAGAUUGUUUGGAGAAGGCCUGGUCGGCCUGGAAGGACCUGGAUAUAGAUGAUGCCAGAGUUCCGCCUAUAGCUACGCGCAUAUCAUUAGUCAAACUAUUCCUUGAAUUGGAGCUAUACGCCCCAGCGUUGCAUGUCUUGCAUGGCGUCAUGUUAUCUGAUGACCAGGAAGUCGAAGCCUGGUAUCUCGAAGGAUGGUGCUAUUUUCUCAUGGCUGAGCAAGCACGGGGGAUUGGGGGUAAACUGGAGGAUAUGACAUGGGAAGAAUUAGCGAAAGAUGCUCGGGAUCGCUUAGAGACAUGUCAAUUGCUCCAUGUCAAUGAAGGACAUUCUGAUAUACCGCUCCUCGAUCAUGCGAGGACAUUGAUCAGCCAGCUGGAAGCUCUUGGUAUUCAGGCCUCGGCUCCGCUAGAGGAGGAAGACGAAGACGAAGACGAAUGGGAGGACCUGGACAGUGAAGACGGCGAUGGCGAUGUAGAAAUGUCGUAG